UCACAACAGCCGGCAAUUAUACAAGCAACUCAGUCGCAUCCAAGUUCUGAAAAUUUGGCUACUGCUUCUGCCAGUAACUUUCCAACAACGUCUCGUGAUGCUCUAGCCAAACAACAAAUAGAGUUAGACAAAAAGGCGGCUGAAUUAGAUAGGAGGGAACAAAAUUUGAAUAAUAUUAGACGUUACAUUUUUAUUUUUUUAGGCAUUACAAACAAUUUUCCCCCUCUGCCAUCCUUCUGUCCCGUGAAACCGUGUUUUGUGCAAGAUUUCAAUGUUGAUAUUCCUCAACCAUUUCAGUUGAUUGUCAGGAUACAUUUCUACAUAUGGAUAUCCUUCAGCCUUUUGAUGCUUCUGAAUGUUUGUGGAGCUAUAUCAUAUUUUAUUGUCGAACAUUCAACUGUGUCAGGUUCCACAUUUGGCAUAUCUAUUUUUUAUUUUGUUCUUUGUAUUCCCUUGUCCUAUAUAUUUUGGUUCAGACCAGUCUACAACGCUUUCAAAAAUGACAGCAGCAUAUAUUUUUUCAUAUAUUUUAUCAUUUUCUUCCUGCACAAUUGCAUCUUAGUUGUUUGGUGCGUCGGAAUUCCGGCCUCUGGAGGAGUAGGUUUUAUCAGUGGCAUUGCUACAACAAAUAGAUCUUUAGGUGUUGGCAUUUUUAUGGUUAUUAUUGGAGUUCUGUUUGGUGUUCUCGGUGCAAUUGGUUUCUUACUUAUAGUGAAGGUGCUUCAUUGUUACAGACACAUGGAUGCUAGUUUCCAAAAAGCUCAAGCGGAAUUAGCCAGUGGAGUACUUUCUAACAGAGGAGUUCAGGAAGCGGCUACUGCUGUUGCCAGUUCAGCGUUCAGUGGCCAGUCUAGUUAUAAUCGCUACUAA